AAAAAAUCACCUCUGGGUCGGCCAUAUUCCCUUUCUUCUGACCUGUCGCCGGAAAGCUGGAAAUUCCUUCACUUCGCCUUCAGUCCUAGACCGAAUCACAAGUAAAACCCAAAAAAAAAAGCUAAGAAAGUGAAAAGUUUGUGAAAAUAACCAGAAAUGUCUGACAAUAAGCCUUGGAGUGAGUUGGGUUCUUUGAAAGACCUAGUAGUGCCGCGUUCCGAAAUGAAUCUUCCGGGUUUCGAAGGCCAUUUCGAUGGUCCUCCGCCGGAGAGGUGUUUGCGAAACUCAGUCCGACCACCAGAUGGAGAUUCGUUUGGUAAUGAGAACGUGAUGCCGAAUCCAAGUCCUAGCCCGGGUCCUAAUCCUGGUCCCAAUCCGGGUCCAGGUCCGGGUCCGGCUCGUUCCAUGAAUCCAUUUGCCGCCCACGGAGGGGCUCAUACUCGUGGCGGCUUUCAGCCGAUGGCGGAACCGCCACCGCCACCGCCACGUCGUUUCCGGAACUCCAACUAUUCCAUGAAUCGUCGCAUGCAGGCAGAAGGUUCCAAUUAUAGCCAAUUCCAGCGCUCGCCCCUCAUGCCCCACGGAGUGGCCAAUGCUGGUCGUGCCGAGAACGAUGAUGAGUUGCGGAGCAUUUUCCUGCCCGGCCUGGAUCCGGCCACCGGGCAUCGGGAGGUAUUUGAAUACUUUUGCCGGUUCGGGCCUCUGGAGCGGGUGACAGUGCGCCGCGGCAAGGACGACUCUGGCUAUGCGAUCGUCCACUUCCGGAACAGCGGCUCCAUGCGCAGUGCCAUCGCCUCUAAUCCGCACGAGUUGCGCGGCAGGAAGGUCCACUGCCGGUCGGCGGACAAGCGCGACAACCGUUACAAGCCGAAGAAGCAGAACGGCUGGAACAAGAAUCGUGGAAACCAAACGCCGCAGAACAUGACUCGGCAGAACAUGACUCGGCAGAAGAAUAAGCCUCCGGCCAGGGGACGCCAGUGGCCAGGUGGCAACGCUGCAGGUGGUGGUCCCAUGGGUGGCAACUCUGCUGCCGGUGCUUCUAUGCCUGUGAGUGGCAACGCUGCUGGUGCUUCUGCGGCCAUAAGUGGCAACGCUGCUGGUGCUCAUCCUAAGCUAAUGAGUGGCAACUCUGGUGGGGCUUCUGCGCCCAUUAGUGCUCCUCCUGUACCCAUUGAUCCGGACAUGCCGUCGACCAGCACCGGAAUUGUGAGUUCCGGCGACCGAUACACCCGAUUCACCCGAUCCAUGACCGCCAGGCAGGCUAGUGGCCCAAGCACCUUUGCCGAGAAGCCAGCAAAGCCAUCGGGGGUCAAGAAUCCCUUUGCCGAUAACUCCAAACCCAAGCCAUCGGCCGAUAAACCGAAGGCAGGAGCCGAUAAGUCCAAACCCCCAACCGAUAAGCCGAAGCCCCCGACCGAUAAACCCAAACCAGGACCAGGACCAGGACCGGGACCAGGACCGAAGCCGAAGCCCAAAGCCAAGCCUCGAAAAGCUCCCCGACUUCCGGUUGUCCGACUUCCGGUUCGUCGCUCCGAGCGUUUGCGGAAGAGGCUCUUGGUGAAGCCGGCGGCAAACGCGCCAAGGCCAAGGAAUCCCCCACAAUCGGCGCCGCCCGCUCCGGCUAAUCCGCCCCAACCUAGACAGGAUCGGCCAAGAGGAGAGAAUCGGGCAAGACGAGCCCAUCGGCCGAGGCUGGCCGGCGGUCGCCGCAGACCGGGCGCCACGCAGCGCAGGUCAGCGAGGAGGGGUGGUGGCGUCAAGAAAACCCGUAAGGUCGCCAUGAAACGGCACGAUCGCAAGUACUUAUAUUCACUUAUUCCUUCAGAGCGGACGCCGCGCUGGACGAUGCGGCUGGGCAGGAGCUUUCUGUCCGAGGAGGAGAAAAAGGCCUACGACCGGGGAUCAGCCCCAGCGGCUGCGGAACUCGCCACACCCCGCACCCUUCGAAGGAGCGCCAGGAAGAAGGAGGACUCCCAGUCGGCCAAUAGUAUUAAGAAUGUUGGGGCUACUGGGGAAAGGGUGGACGAGCCGAUUGGUGCUUCAGGUGCAGGAUCAGGACCCCUUGCUUCCCCAUCACAGCCUCCUCCACCCCCACCUCUUGGGUUUGUAACUCCUUCAGGAUCACAUCUGGUCCUCCCCCAUCCUGGGCAUUUCCUUCCAGCAACAACUCCACCUCCUCCCGUCGUGGCAGGAUCUUCUCAAGCAACAUCCUUGCAAAUGGGCCACUCUGGGCAUCCUGUUCCGCCAUUUCAAGUUCCUUAUCCUCCAGGGAGUCCAAGUCCACUCCAUCAAGUCGUGGCUGGAUCUUCUCAAGCAAGAUCUUCAGCAGGAUCUCAUCAAGCUUUCCCCCUGGGCAAUCUUCUGGGGCAUCUCUUCUCGCCAUCAACUCCUCCUCCGCCCGUCGUGGCUGGAGCUUCUCGAGCAAGAUCUAUGGCUAGUGGAUCCCCAUCCACUAAAUCUCAUCUGGUGUUCCCCAAUCCUGGCCAUCUCAUAGCACCAUAUCAAGUACCUCAUCGUUCCAUUCCGGGGCAUCUCAUGCCACCACCACUCCAAGCCACCCAAAUCCUGGCUGGCUCCUCGCAAGCUCUCUCAAGAUCCCUCGGAAACGUGACUCCCCCCGAGUCGCCGCAAGUCCUGGCCAGCUCUGGACAUGUCAUCCCACCAUUCUUCCCGCAAACUCCACCGCCUCACAUCCUGAACUCUCCCACGCCCCAAACGCCGCCCAACUCGUCGCCUCAAGUGGACUCGCCGCCAUUCCUUCAAGCCUCGGAAGCAAUAGCGCCUCCCCGGGUAGUGGUGCCCGAUGCAGUUCCCGUCAUACCCACCUGGUUCGAGCUCCUCCAGGCCAUCAAUGCCCGUGGCGGCGGUAGUCCUGAUUCCUUCCCGAGUUCCGCGUCCAGCAACGCCUUGCAAAUAGUCACCUCGCCAGAGCAGAGUCUUCCGAGCUCCCCUGGCUCCGUUGAUUCUCUGCCGACCUCCAAUCAAGUCCAACCAAGCCAUAACUCCUCUGGAUCAUCCACCUCUUCAAAUUCUUUAAACUCCUCUCCGAUACCGGCCGGAAUCCUGCCACAUCCGGGCCUCUAUUCUCAGGCCCUUAAUGUUCUCACUUCUCCGGGAACUUCCGCAAGACCAUCCACUUCAUCCGGACCCGGACUGUUGUCUCUUUCGAAUCCAAACACGGCAGCCAUGCAGCCUCCGCGCAACAGAGGAUCUCUCCCUCAGCCUCCCCAGCGAGUGGCGGCUAGACCCGCAGGCUUCUACCUCGAGACUCUGCCAUCGGAGUCCUCUCAAGACAACGGGCCACCAUCGAGGCGCCGCCGGGUGAACGAUCCCCGCUUGGCCGCCCGAUUGGAUGGUCGUGUUCCCCAUCAAGGUCAGAGCAAUCCAGGUCGCAGGCAGCCCCCCCAGUCAGUACCAGUUCGGGGCAGACCCUUCUCCAUUCCACUACCGAGGGGACCGUUGCCGCACUCCCUUCAUCCUGAACCACCAAGGGGCUUCGGGUCCAAGGCUAGGUUUACUUUGAACUGUUACACCAAUGUCGAGGGGUACAGGAGGUCCAGGAAGUAUGUCCCGCUGAGCGAGGACGAGAAGAAGAAGCGUCCGACAGUAAAGGAGUUUUUGGAGAAACAGUACACCGAUGAGGCAGUUUUCAUUUCUAGCGAGGAUCUGCGUCAGAUGCACUUGGAUGCUCGGAACGAGUUCUGGCGCCAAGCCCCCAAUGCUGAGAAGUGGCAGAACCUGAAGAGGAUCAGGCAGUCUUUUGUUUCGUUCGCAGGACCAACUGACAAAGAAUCGCAUCGGGACGAAAAUAAAAUCUACUUGCCACUCUACACUGUGAAGCUUAGCGUUCAGGAGAGUCUGGAAGGAGUUAGGUCAGAGGGUAUAGGGAUUAGAGAAGUGUCAGCAGUCCUUAGAGUCCUUCCGAUUCAUCCACAACACUGUCCGAUUGUAGCCAGUCCUGUUUCAGGUCUAAUCUCUUCCAUUUCAGCCUCAACAGCCUUGCCAGCAGAUGCUGCUCUGGGAGAUGCCAUUAUCCUGAAGAAGGAGGAUCCUGAGGAGGAGGACGCGAAGCCUUCAGUUCCUAUCCCUGAUGUCUCUGUUAAGAAGGAGGAGAUGGACCCACCUGACAAGGUAGAGCGUCUAGAUCCCUUUGUAGAGCCUAUACUUUGGUCCCCUAUCCCAGCAAGGAUUCCCAAAGAAGAGGACUCUUCUUCUGGGGAAUCUGACUAUUCCAUCGACUUCUCCUCGUCCGAGGAGCUAGCAGAAGAGGCAUGGAAGGAGGAAUCUCUAGAUUUGUCUCCUAAGCCACAGGAGCCCCAAGAAGAUCUAUUGGAGCCAGAAGCUGCGGAGGAAUACUUCGCACAACUUUUGAGGAACUAUGUUUCUGAUCCUGGCUCUUCUGAUUCCUCAGACUCUGACGACGAAGAGGAUUAUGUUUCUAAGACAUCCAGACGUCCUGAGGCCUAUCCCUACUACAGAAACCUCAAGGAGGAGCCUCUAGAGGAUAUCAAUGAUAAGAACAGAGCUGCAAAUAACUUGCCAAAGAAAAGGGAAGCUCCUCUCCAAACCAAACUGAAGAUAGAGAAGCUGAUGAGCCCAGAGGAGAAACCCACAAGUCCAGUUCCGAUACCCACAACUAAGUCAAAUGAGAUGGAAUACAAGACGGAGUCCUGCCAUGUCCGACCCACACACGGUGAAUCUUUCAAGUACAAGGGUGCAUUGUCGUAUCACCGUCUUAAAUGCCAUUUAAGACGCGGCACUGCCGUGGGUACACUCCUUUUCGAUAAACAAGUCAAAAUUUUAAGUGAAAAACAGGGGGAUUAUGGGGCAUUCGAUAAAAAACACUAUCCAAUAGAUGUAGAAGAUGAGGAAAAAGAGGCAUUAGAAGCAUUAGAUGAUGAAGUUAUCGAUAAAGCGGAAGAUCUUGCCAUCGAAGUUGAUGAAGUUAUCGAUUUAGACUCGAUAGAAGACGACGAUGUGAUAGUAAUCGAUGACGAUGACGAAGUACAGUUAGAAGAGGAUCUAGAUAGAAAGAAUAUCGAGAAGAAUAGGGACCAUCGGGACAGAGACUCUCCUGACUCUCCUGAACACUUGUCGCAACAGACCCUAAGAAGCCUUAAAGAAUUCAAAAACUGGUACGAUUCUUUCGCCCCAAAUGAAAAGGAAAUCUUCAAGAAGAAUCUGAGAGAUUUGUUGGUCAAGAUGAAGCAAGAGACUGGCCAAGACUUCAAGCCAAAGGGGAGUAAGGUGAAGCUAACACUUGAUGCCGAAUCCUUUACAGAGAAGAUGGUAGUCUGGGCCAAGUCGGUGAAUGCGGAAAUUAGCAUUAAAAUUCCGAAGGGCAGUGCGGCGAAAGGUAAGAAGUAUCCUUUUCAGAAUGAGAUAAAACUAAAGAAGAGAAUAUCUGUGAAAGCCACAUCCUUAACCGAUGAGAUCUACAACUGGGCUAGGUCCUUGAAGGCAGAAAUAACAGUGGAAAUGCCAAGCAACUCGUUUGAUGAUUUCUUGGAGGGCAAUCCUUUGAAGGAUAACAAAGAUCCUGAAGUGUUUAUUGAAGAGGAAGCUUCUCAGAGAGACAAGACAUAUCCUUUGAAGAACAGAAGCCAUAGACAGCAUCCUUAUCAGGGCGUACAGGUAAGACCCAACAAGCUGGCCAUUAAAAAGAAGGCUUCUCCCACAAAGGAAGUCCUUGAUUCUUCCAAGUUUCUGAAUUUAAAAGCCAAUAUUUCAAAGAGCACUGAUUCAAAGGAUAAUAAAGAUCCUGACAAGGCACAUCACUCAAAGAAUAAGAGGAAGGUGCAGUCUACAACCAAUAAAAUAGCAAUUAAGAAGGAAGCUUCUCCUUCGAAUGAAGAAGAUUCUGCAAGAACUCUGAAGAUGGUUACUCCUAGAAAGGAUAGAAUGGAUCCUUAUAAGAAAGUAACGCCUUUAGCUAAUAAAUUGGCAAUUAAGAAGGAACUUUCUCCGUCAAAUGAAGUAAAAUUUAACAGUCCCUUUCGUGCCAAAAGCAGUGACUCUAAAAAAACAGAAACAAAAUCUUCCUAUGGUACUCUAUAUUUGAAACCGGAAGAACGUGGUAUAAACUAUUAUAAUUUACAAAAUAGAAAGCAAGUUAGAACACCUACUACCUUAACAAUUAAGAAGGAACCUUCUCAUAAGAAUAAAGUAUAUGGUUCCGUAGCCCGGUUUCUGGAUGUGGGAACUACUUUACAGAUUCGAAGCGACUCGCGGGAUAAUAUCCUGAAGAGCAAAGCAGAAGAAAGUGGAAGCUUUGGUUGUAAGCCAACAGAAGAGAAGAGAGCGAAGGAUACCAGGACGAAGCCAUACCAGAAGAAGCCCUGCCAGGAUGUACAGGAAGAGCCAAGUCAUUUGGCCAUCAAGAAGGAAAAGAAGAAACUGGAUACCUCGAAGAGAGGCGCCCUUAAAGAUAUAGAAAUUGAGCAGGCCAUUAUAGACGGGAUUUAUACCUUUUCGAUUUCUUUCAAGAAUUCAAGACGCAGAUACAAAAGGGAACUUACAGAUGGGGAGAAAGCCGGUCCAGCGAAGAGAAGGAAGCUUCCCUAAGACGUCUUUUGAGAAUUCUCCUCUGAAGACAAGAAUUUGUAGAAGAAUUUCUAGAAGAACACUUCUAAGAGCGCCUUGAAAAUCAUUUUGAACUGUAAUCAUUUUUGAAUCAUUCAUAAUUACACUGUAAAAAAUGUUAUCCUACAACUGUAUUUGAUGCAUUUUUUAAUCAAACU